AUGGACAUCGACAUGAGCCGCCGCAACAAGGCUCCCAGGCCGUUGUCGGAUGCCGAGAGGGCGCGACUCGACGAGUACAUCGACUCGAUUCACUACUCGGCCAGGUAUUCCGACAGCGAAUACGAGUACCGGCACGUGCAGCUGCCCAAGGCCAUGCUCAAAGCAAUCCCAAAGGACUACCACGACUCGUCCAAGGGGACGUUGAAGUUGCUGUGGGAGGAGGAAUGGCGAGCCAUUGGCAUUACCCAGAGUCUCGGUUGGGAACACUACGAGGUUCACGAACCCGAGCCCCAUAUCCUCUUGUUCAAACGUCCCCUCAACUACCAACCGCCCCAGUGA